AAAGCAUUUGUGUAACAGACAAUUCGGUCCGUGCAUAUAUCUGGGUGAAAGGUCCACAUUGGAUGACACGACGGUGGCUGUCAAGAAAUAUACCUUUCAUUUGAACCGAUAGUGGUGACACAGGGUUAACCUGUUAGGUAGAUUUUCCCAACUUGUUACAGAUCGUAACAACGCAACAUUUUGCGUUUUUUUUCUCGCUAGCUGUCUUUUCUUGAACAGAAACCAUGUCUAAACAGCAGGCGAUAAGUCCAGGGAAGAACUUCUUUGCUGGGGGCUUUGGGGGUGUCUGCUUGGUCUUCGCUGGACAUCCACUUGAUACCAUAAAAGUGCGCAUUCAGACCAUGCCUGUGCCUGGCCCUGGCGAGAGCCCCCUGUAUAGAGGCACUUUUGAUUGUUUCAAACAGACCCUUGCCAAAGAGGGGUUCAAAGGCCUGUACAAAGGCAUGGCAGCCCCUAUCAUUGGAGUCACGCCCAUGUUCGCUGUCUGCUUCUUUGGCUUUGGCCUGGGCAAGAAACUACAACAGAAAACCCCUGACGAUGUCCUUACGUAUCCACAGCUGUUUGCUGCCGGCAUGCUGUCAGGCGUGUUCACCACAGCCAUCAUGGCCCCUGGAGAACGUAUCAAGUGUCUCCUACAGAUCCAGGCAGCCAAAGGGGAGGUGAAGUAUGCUGGGCCCAUGGACUGUGUGAAGCAGCUGUACAAAGAGAGUGGGAUUAGGGGAAUCUACAGAGGCACUGCUCUCACCCUCAUGAGAGACGUGCCAGCCAGUGGGAUGUAUUUCAUGACCUAUGAAUGGUUGAAGCGCCUCCUCACACCAGAGGGCAAGAGGUGAAUUUCUAUGAUGAGCAUCGAGAUACCUGUUGGUUUGAAGGACAUGCUGCAAGGAUACACUGUGGAGGUACUACGGCGCAGACCGACAGAUUUGGUUCAAUUCGCAAUCCAAUAUUUCACGCGUCUUCAAGAGAGCCGAAAACACGACAAACAUGCUAAAGACAGCCCGGUCAAUUCUGUUCGAAAGGGGGUGGCUUUUGAUAGUAAUUCGUUUGAAUCAGAUGAAGAUGAGGACUCUGAUGACUAUAUGCCACCUCCCACCCCAAAUAAAUACAGUCGCAGAGUAUCUGUGUGUGCGGAGGCCUACAACCCAGACGAUGAUGAGGAUGAUGACUUUGAGCCAAGGGUGGUACACCCCAAAUCAGAUGAGCAGCGUCGCAGACUCCAGGACGCCUGCCGAGAUAUAUUACUGUUUAAAACCCUCGACCAGGAGCAGUUCUCAGAGGUGCUGGAUGGCAUGUUUGAGGUGUUGGUCAAACCACAGGAGCACAUUAUAGACCAGGGGGAUGACGGAGACAACUUCUAUGUCAUAGAGAGGGGUGUGUAUGAUAUUAUUGUGCUGAUUGACGGAGUUGGGAAAUGUGUGGGGAAGUAUGACAACAAGGGCAGUUUUGGGGAGCUGGCGCUCAUGUACAACACCCCACGUGCUGCCACCAUCAUGGCCAACCAGGAGGGGGCACUGUGGGGACUGGAUCGGGCCACAUUUCAUAGACUCAUAGUGAAAAACAAUGCCAAGAAGAGGAAGAUGUACGAAGCCUUCAUUGAGUGUGUACCCCUUCUAAAGUCUCUCGAGCUCUCUGAGAGGAUGAAGAUUGUUGAUGUCGUGGGAAUGAGAGUGUUCAGAGAUGGGGAGUGCAUCUUAACACAGGGGGAUAAGGCAGAUUGCUUCUAUAUUGUGGAGUCUGGGGAGGUGAAGAUCAUGAUAAUAAGCAAAACUAAGGCAGGGCAGCAGGGUAAUGCAGAGGUGGAGAUUGCACGCUGCUCUAGGGGCCAAUACUUUGGAGAGCUGGCUCUGGUCGCCAACAAACCACGUGCAGCCUCCGUCUACGCCAUGGGAGUUACCAAGUGCUUGGUAAUAGACAUUCAGGCAUUUGAGCGUUUGCUGGGUUCCUGUAAGGAGAUUAUGAAGAGGAACAUUUCCCAAUAUGAGAACCAGCUGGUAGCUCUGUUUGGUUCGAGUGUAGAUUUGAAACAUUAAUGUAUAAUUGUCUUUGUAAGAAAUGUCACACACGAACACAAUCCCACACACACACACACACGAGUACUUCCUGAACACAAACAGGUGGAUACACACUUUGGUAGUACUAAAUUAUACACAAAAACAUAUUGGGUGACAUUUAAUUGUUGAAUCUACAAUUGACAUCCAUGUUACUACAUGAAUGACUGACAAUUUUAAUAUUUAGCUAUUAGUAUUUUCCUUUCUUUAUUUAAACCAUUGUGAUAAUAUCCAUGUUGGUAAAUUGUUAAUGUAUAAUUCUAGCCCAAU